UCUAUGUCCUUGAAUGAAUUGUUUUCGUUUAGUUUUGGUUGUCAAAUUUUGUAUUACUGCAUCUGCAUACUUGUAAAUUAAUGGUAACUGGAGACAUCAAUAUUUUGGUUGUCUCUUCUAGUUAGAAGUGAUGUUCAAAAUUUACAGCUGUGUCUGAAUACUUGGUAAAAUUCCACAAACAUGCCCAACCGCAACGUUGCUGAUUAUGUCAAAAGGAGGGAAAUCAAUGAGGGAGUGAGAGAUCAACUUCAGCAUAAGCUUCAUGUGACCGACAGCUUCGUUCACCGUCUCGGCUUGGAGAAGGAGCUUGAAGGACACCAAGGAUGUGUCAACUGCCUAGAGUGGAACUCAGAAGGCCGAAUUUUGGCUUCGGCCUCGGAUGAUUUCCAAGUCAUUCUCUGGGAUCCUUUCAGGCAUCGGAAGAUCCAAACCAUUCAAACUAUACAUCAUGGAAAUAUAUUUUCUGUUAAGUUUCUACCAGGCACCAAUGACAAUACGCUGGUCACAGGAGCGGGUGACUUCCAGGUGCACACGAUAGACGUUACGCUGAAGGAAACGACUCAGGUGUGUGCAUGCGCAACAGGCCGAGUAAAGCGGUUGGCGACUGCGCCUCAAGUGCCCUUCCUGUUCUGGAGCGCUUCUGAAGAUGGAGCCGUCAGGCAGUAUGACAUGCGCAGUCCGCACUCGUGUUCUGGAGACGUGACUAACGUUUUGGUAUACCUGAGGACACAUCUCGGACACUUUGCGGAGGCGAAAUGUCUCGCUGUUAAUCCGCUGCGACCGGAAAUACUGGCUGUGGGAGCCAACGACCCCUACGUCAGGCUGUACGACCGCAGAAUGAUCCGGCUUACCAAGAUAUACUUGUCCGAGAGUCUCCACAGUCAGAGAGCUCGACUGAACGUUCCUCCGUCCCAACCAUUGGAGCUAGAGGACAACUUGCCCCGGGAGUGUGUGCAGUACUUCGUGGCAGGUCACAUACCAGUGAAACAAAAAGACUUACAGAAGAAGUUCCGAAAUUUAGCCGCAACUUACGUCACCUUUGGCUCCAAAGGAACUGAUCUCCUUCUCAACCUCGGUGGUGAACAGAUCUACUUGUUUGACAUCACUCGUAAACAAAAGCCAAAGGCUUUCGACCUGCCCAAACCAUCUUUCUCUAAAGGUGAAAAAGAUCAUGGCAGCACGUCAAACGGAUACAGCAACGGAUACCAUCCUGGCACAAACGGUUAUUCUACAUCAAGUUCUAAAAAGGACGACAGCAAACUUAAACUCCCAGACCAUGUGGAGGCUAUGAAACUUACGGCAAACAUGCUGUUUGAGAAGGAAGAGUAUGGGCCGGCCAUCAGAGUUUACAAUGAAGCUAUUCAGCACUACGCUAGCAGUCCAGUGUUGUACGGGAACAGAGCAGCUGCAUACAUGAAGAGGGAUUGGGAUGGAGAUAUGUACGCAGCACUAAGGGAUUGCCACACAACUCUACAUCUCGACUGUAACCACGUCAAGGCCUUCUUUAGAUUAGCGAGAUGUCUGAAUGAGCUUCAUUGGACGGACGAAGCGAAGCAGUGUCUAGAGAUGUUCAAACAGAGGUUUCCCAACCACGUCAACAGUCACGCCUGCAGAGCGCUGGAGAAGGACAUCUUCAUGGCGACCAUGUCCUCGUCUCCAGAGGGCUCGGAGGAAGAUUCAGACGACUUGGAGAUGGCAAAGGACGGAGAUCUUGGUUUGGACGGUAUUCUCAGUCGCAUCUCUUCACAAGAGCGACAUUGGCGAGAAGGUUCAUACGAUUAUGACAAACGAUUCUAUGGCCACUGCAACACCACCACCGACAUCAAGGAGGCUAAUUUCUUUGGCAGUGAAGGACAAUACAUCAUCGCAGGUUCAGACGACGGUUCAGUGUAUUUCUGGGACCGGCGGACGACCAACAACGUGAGGAUACUGCGAGGCGAUAGCUCCAUAGUGAACUGUCUACAACCGCACCCUACGUACUGUCUGUUGGCCAGUAGUGGUAUUGACCCCCUUGUAAGGCUUUGGUCCCCACUACCUGAGAAUCAAGAGAACACCCACGAGGUACGUGACAAAGACGCAGCCGCCUCAUCAAACCAGCGUCGUAUGAAGGCGGAUCCCUUCGACGUGGUGCUUAUGGGCAUGGGAUAUCAGAGAGUGGGCAGCGGGGAAGAGAGCGGGGACGAAGCCAGCGGCCCCACCUACAACUGCCAUACCAGUUAGUCCCGGCGCAGUCAGUAGCGCCAGCGUAGGUCAUAAGCGUAUGUGAACCACCACUGUAUUUUUCACUACUUGGACUAAUAGUCAAGUCUUGGUUCACUGCCAUAAGUUACCAUGGUAUAUUUUUUCCCUUGAUUGUGUAAGUUUGAAAGACUGGAUAUAUUGUGGUAGUAUUAGGCUACAAAAAUAUUGUGUAUUUUUUUGUGAGAUAGAUUUAAAAUAAUUGCUAUUGAGGUUUCUUCGAUUGAACAUUUCAGUUUUCACAAACGAUUUCUGUAUUAGUAAGUAACUUAAUAAUAGAAUGUUCCUCGCAAGUGUAAUUUUUAAAUCGCAAGACUGGAUAUGUUUUGGUGAAGUUCAGCUACUAAAUAGUGUGUAUAUUUCCUGAGGUAAAAGAGGAAAUUUAUUAUUGAGGUUAUUUUUCUUAGGUGAUUGAACCUUUGAUUUCAGAAAAUAUUUAUUCAUUGUUGUAAUUGAUUUAGCACAAAGAAAAUUGUAAAUCAAAAGGUAAUUAAUUAUUUAGUUUUUGUGUUGCAAAAUGAAUUCUUAGUUAUUUAGGCCUUUUAAAAUGGAUGCAAAUAAAUAUAACAGCUUGGAUUUACUGUUGUUCAUUAUGCUUGUUAAAAAUUAAUCAAAUAAAAAAAUAAGUCUUAAAACAAGUACACUAUUCCCAGUUUAAUUUGAUUGAUUUGAAUUAAUUUUUUAAAUUUUAUUCAUGAAAUUUUCUCCAGCUUGGAUUAUGUACUGUUUCCAUUUUUCAAAUCAUUCUUAGGAUAAACACCACAAUAUGGUUGGGAAUGUGUAUAUAAUAUUUUAUAUCGUAAAAUAAAUCUGAGUUAGUAUAUCCUAUCAAAAAACUUCUUCAUUUAAAAUUUUCUAAAAGGGUUUUUCGGAUAUUAAGUCUUUAAGAUUCUACCCUUUGUAUAGCCUAACUCAGAACUAUAAAAAUUAAAGCAGUAGGGUUAGAAUUAUAGGGUUAAAAUAUAGAAAAGUAUUUUAGUUAAAGCAAGAGGGUAAAUUAUUAGAUUUUUCUAACCUUUCCAUAGUUCUGGACAGUUAUUGACAAGGUGAACUCAUUUUCUAGAAAGUGUGAAAACAGUACUUGACUAUCGGCGUCAGGCGAAAAUCUUCUUUACUUUCUGAACAGCCUGGUAUUUUGUGUUAAUGAGUGAUACAAUAGCUGUUUUUUGAGAACUGAGUAUUUUAGUGUCUGCUGUGAUUUUGGUAAAUCUAAAAAAAAAAACAUUUCUAGGCACCUAUCUAUUUGUUCACUCUAUAGUUCUAGUUGUCAAAAAGGGGUUUAUUAGUUUUGAAUUGCACUGAAAUCCUUGUGCAAUAAUAUCACUGUCUGUGGCACCAUUGAAAGUUAAUCAUUCUUCAUGGUUUUGUUUUGUUGGUGUGGGUUUCUUACCAUUAUUUUGUAAAUGUCUAAAAACUGUUACUUAAAUACAGAUGUAGAAUCCAAGCAAUUGUAAAUAGCUUGUACCGGAUUAAGUUAAAGAAGCAAAUAAUUUUAUUGUAUAUAUUUGAGCCAUGUCAGUAAAGAAUCUAAAUGUUUUAUUAUUGUAAAUAUGUUAAAUCAGUAAAAGAUUUGUUAUUUGUAAGUUUACUGUGUAUUUUUCUUUUCAUAACUUUAGCUCACAAAUUGUAUUGGUCAGUACUAAAUUUUUCUUUGAUUUGUGACAAUAAUAACUAAAUCAUUGAGAAAAUUCAGGUUUUGAGUCUGCCCUAGGCCUAUAAGAAAUAAUAAGCCACCCUUCUUCAGCUCAAGAAAAUCCAUAAACUAUAUCUACGACAAAAUCGUCAUGACAAAAAAACCACUUGUUGGUAUAGCAAAAGAAGACCUCAGUAAGGAGUAAUAUCUAACAGUUUUGUUGUUCUGUCCCACCUUUUGGGGAAUUGAAUACUUCAAAAAUAUGAUUUUGGUACAUUUCAAAAUCUUUCAAUCAUGAUAAAGAGGAAAAUUUUUAAGUAAUUAGUUUUCCCAAAAUGCAAUGUGUACAUGUUACAGAUUUUUAAAACCUAUCUAAAUAAAACAUGUGUUAGUGCCUAGCUGAGUAAUUAAAUGUUUAUUUUCAGUAAGGUGUUUAAAAUCAAAACAUUAUAUAGUGAAUCCAUGUGCCACUUAAAAUUAAAACAAUAGUUGACAUAGCUUGAAACUAAUGAUUAGUUGUGAAUUGACCAUAAUGACUCUUCGUCGUAAUAAUCAAAGUCCCUCUAAAUUGUAUUUUAGCUUAACUGUUUACUUAUCUUGUCUUACUGCCUACUGCAUCAGUAAAGGCUAUACUUGUAUGUUGCUUGGGAAAUUGCACAUAAGCUGGAAACGUCUUUUACACUCCUCAACGUGUUAGGUAAUUUUUAUAUUAUUUUUCAUUAUUUUAAUACACAAUGACAUCUUAUCAUUAACCUCAUUUGGAAAUCUUUAUUUGUCUACAUCUUUGUUAAAGGAAGCAGUGGCGUAUCCAGAGGGGGUUAGGGGUUUGACGUGACCUUAAAACCCUCCAACCUUAAAACGUGAUUCCCUUUUAUAUGACCCUUAUGACUACCGUUACUUUACAUGCUCAGGCCCAAGAGACAACUUAUGAUUUCAACCACUUAGGCCUAAACAUAUUUGAUUAAUUCUAUUCUUCAGCUAUCGUCAAUGCUACACUACUAACUUUAAGCACUACUUUCCUAUCUUUUGAAAAUAACGCAAGUUAAGUGACAAUAAUAAUCUCGUUGAACGCUACUUUGAACUACCAUUCAGGACGGAACUUGUAAACAAAAGUAAAUUCAAAGAAGAAUAAUUAGAAGUACAAGGAUUAAAGGAUACAUUUCAAAACCGCUAAAUCUCACAUAUUUGCAAAAUAAGUUAACUACUGCUGUAUAAACAAAACAUGAAUACAAUAAUAUCUAUAUGUACAAAUCAGAGCAAGACAAACAGAUACAUCGUUAUUUACGUUGCACAUGAUGAAUCACAUACUUGUGUGAGCGCACACGUCAUUUGUUAGUUAGUUAGCCUUCCGCAAUUUUCUAAGUUGAACCAAACAAAUGCAAAUAAUUGGGACUCUUUAAGUCUUACUGUAAAAUCAUUUGAAAUAUUUACUUAAGAUAUAUUGUCUAGGUUUGACCUUUUAAAUUCUAUCCCUCCCUCCCAAAGGUUGUAUAGAUAAGAAGAAUGUACUAAUUUCAAUGUAGGUACCUUGAUAAUAUUAUUUUGUGUAUAUGUACAAUUUAUUGUUAGUUGUAGCAACGGUAUUUCUCACUAUUGUGUUGAUAAUGUUGAAUAUUGUGUAUAGAAAUGUAGCUAUAUAAUUUUAUAGUAAAA